CUUCUCUUGUUCUUCAUUUUUUUUCUCCAAUCGACAAAGAAAAAAAUUGCAGCAUCCCCUCUCAAAUUCGGUGACGCUCCAAAUCCUUCUUCUCUCAAUCUGGUCCAUCCUUCUGUUCUUUCUUUUCUCGGUCUCAAAAUAGAUGACGCUCCAUAUUGACCAAGAGGGGAUAGAUAUAGUGGGUGGUAAUCGACACCAGUUCCGAGAAAGAAGAGUUAGAAGACAACGAAGAGAGAGAAGAAAGUGAAGAAAGUCGUA